AUGGCAUCUUCAGCAGCUCCGGCUCCAGCAUCCAACCUCGAAUCGCUGCCGCCGCGACCCCCGACGCCUCCACGGGAAACGGGAAAGGACAGUGACUUGUCGGUCAAAACCAUCCUCACCCGCGCUUCUCCGUCUGACCCCCAGGACAGUCUUCAGACGCCGCCGACCGCCAACACGCCAACCUCGACCGAUGUCCCCGACUCCAAGUUGAUGUCAAGCCGGGCGAGGAAGACGGUUGUCUGGUCAGCACAUACCGAGUACAAGGAUCCAGUCGACUACCGAUCAAUCGAAAAGCUUCACAAGUCGUCUCCGCUCUCCGUUCCUUCGCCCACAUCGAAGCCCGUCAAGGGCAUUCUCAAACCGUCCCCUUCUCCGAACCCACGCACACUAUCGUCUAGUGGUGACUUUGAUCUGGUCGCGGGCCAGCCCAACAUCAUCGAAAUGUUGGACUCGACGAUAAAGCAGCUGGCUGGUUCCGACCGGGACUCGAAACUCGAUGCAUACAUGAUUCUCUCUAGGGCAUUGAAGGCGUCGAAUAACCUCCCUGAUCGGGUUGCUUUGCAAGACAAGAUGAGCCUCUUCAUGCAAUUCAUCCAGCGCGAUAUCGCAUCCAAAAACGACACCGGAGCUCUCGAUUCUUCCCUCAUCAACCAUGCCCUGACACUUCUUGCCACGUUUCUUCACUUUCCUGCAAUUGCUUCGACUCUCACCUCCGACUUUGGAAUAUUCAUCGUCGACCACUCUGUUCGUGCGUUUGAGGAUGUCAGCACCCCCAAGGAUGUUGUACGGCAUCUGAUGCAAGUCGUUGCCUUUCAAAACUUUUCUCCCAAGGUCAUGACAUCUGACCGGGUGGGACGCUUGGUAACAGCGCUGCAUCAAAUAGAGGGCCACCUCAAGGGCAAGAGUAUCGUCAUGAGUCGAAUACACAUAUAUAAGCGCCUCGUCAAACAGGCACGCUUGCCUAUGGCUACUCAUUCAAACUGGCUCAAGGACAUGCUCUCGGAUAUGCUGAGUACCGUCAAAGAUAUUCGCGCUCAGGCAAUCAGCCUGGCAACCGAAGCUGGGUUUGCCCUCCGGUCCGAGAAGCAGCUUCUGCGAAAAACCAGUGAAAUAUUUCAAACAACGAAUGACGAUCAAACAUAUAUCGAGUUUUACAUUCACAGGCUACAGGAAAUGCUCAAGGACAAAGAAAGCGCUUCAGCUGUCCCGCAGAUAUGGAGUGCCAUCAUUCUCUUUAUGCGGUGCCCGCUGGAGAGAUGGCAGUACUAUGGCCCUUGGCUAACUCUUGCGCAGUCUGCCUUUAAUAUGGCGGAUGCUUCCACAAAGCAGGAAGCAAAUUUUGCUUGGAAUCGGUACAUCUACCUUACUUUGGCCGAUAGCAAAACCACACCGAAAAUUCUAGGGACCCUCUGCCAGCCUCUUCUGAGUCAACUACGGAGACGGGCAAAUCCUAGACAGUUGGAAGAAGCUGUGAGACUUCAAAGGACAGUCAUUGGUGGCAUAUGCAAUCUCUACUAUUAUGCAUUCGCUCCAGGAAAUGAUAAGUUCUCUCCUGAUUCUAUAUGGGACGUGGCAGUGGAACCUGUUUUAUCACAGCUUAUCAGUCUAGAUGGCAAGCCCGAGAUUCCAGGAGAUUGUCUUCUGCAGGCUGGUCGUAUCUUGACGAAUCUCAUGGAUGUGGCCACACCUCGCAUGUGGAGACAAGAUCGCAUCAUGGAGACACCGCCGGCAAACCCAGAUGAACUCCCACCUUUAGACUCGAAAUGGGUGAGGCGAAACUGCGACAAAGUUUUCCGAAUGGUUGGCCCUCUUUUGGAGAAAAAGUUCAUCGACUUGGCCAAUAAGGACUCUUUGGUAUUUCGCUUGUGGCAAGCCUUGGUCGGAUCAAUCGCCGCAGCAUCAGCGAAAGAUAUCAAAGUUUCAGAAGAAACCGCAAAUUUUUUUGCGUACGCCUUUGGCCUGCUUUCCAAGGUGUGGCAAGCGGGAAUACCUUCAGGCGGCGGUGUGCACGCCCCGGCGUUUCUGUCAAGCGUCAAGAACUUCAUCGAUAUCCUCGUCAAGGCGCUCGGCAUGCUUCCUUUUACAGAAAAGAAGCUCGCCAUGACAGUGGGCAACACUUUCGAAUCCAUUGCAACACCAUCCCACAAUCAGAGUCGAUCAAGUUCUCCGGGAAUCGUCCGGACACCUCUACAUCACCUCUUCUCCAUGCUCUCUUCUAUCCCUCAAGGAGGUGCUGAUGACGAAGAGUUAUCUGACUUUUUCCUUUGUGUGUUUGAACCCUUCUUUCAAGGCAAAGCAACAAAAGCCCGCUUGGAGCUGGUACGCGAACUGCUGCAACUGUUGCCGAGAGAGUCGCCAUCUCCGUAUGGACCGUGGCUGUUAGCUGCACAGAACAUCUCUCUAUCUCUAGACGAUAACGAGCCUCCCUCCAACUUGGUGGGCAGCAGUAAAAUGCUGGGGCCAAAAUAUCGAGAUGUCACUUCUCUACUUGAACGCGGGCUCGUCGGAUACCCCCAACUCCCGUUGGAUCGAUGGUUCUCGCUAUUUGAGCGACUCUCCGAAAAUGUAGUGGAGCAACUCGGUGAUGCUGGGCGUGCUCUCGUUGUUAUCGAACCACUGGCGAGAGCCCUACUCGACUGUCUUGAAAAUAGCAGCACGAAUCCCCCAUCUGCAACUUCUCUCAAAGCAAUCCGUGCGCUUUUCGAUGUUGCCAAGCUUCCGCGCGACCGAACUGCUCUGAAUACUGCUCGACAGCGUUUAUGGGGGACUUCUAUGACAGCCGCGCGAACAAAUUCACUGGAUCCAUUCGACCACCUUUACAAACUUGGUGAUAAGGCUCUAGAAACUCUCUACACCAAGAUUUCCCUUUUCGAUUCCAAGACUGAGGUUAUACCUUUGAUUGAGAGUAUUGAAAGCUUUUUGGCCCGAUGUUUCUCUCAACUGGGUGUCGAGGCCUUUUCGAAUGUCCAGACCAGUCUGUGCUUAUGGAUUGAGGACGAUAAGUCAUGCUAUAAACAUGACGAAGAGACACCGCUCUCAAAGGCUCUCAUUCAUAUUUGGAUUCGGAUAACUACCGAUCUUGCAGGGAGAGGACAACUGACGAAGGACGAUUUUGAUCAAAUAGAACCACUUCUGACCUCUGCGUUCAAGAGCAAGCUUCCCACUAUUGUUGACAAAACAAUAGACCUGUGGAAUGUGCUUGCCAAGGAUGAAGAGCAGUUGUCUUGCUCUGACAGCUUAAAGUCGGUGGCUUCGGAUGCUGGAUCAAAGAAACAGCGGCUUAUGGAAUCUGGUGAAGCUGAGAAAAUGGGCGGUGCGUUCGGUGCUCAGGCUCCUCCCGUCAAUCCUCUGCCAGAUGAGACGAGCCUUGUUGUGCUCUCGUCCGGUUCAUCUCGUUUGGACGUCGAGCCAGCUCCAAGCAACAAGGCAGCUACUCGGAUGUCCACUCGAAAACGUCGCAUAGAGGAGACUCCGGAGCCAAGUCGCACAAAAUCUUCCAAGCGGACAAGCACUCCUAGACUCCGCCAUGACAACUCCCAAGUCCAAUUUACGACUGUUGCAUCGUCUUCUCCGGUUCCAGAAGAUGGUUCCCAGCACCUGACGGAGAGACAGAAGGAAGUUCGGGAAAGGCAGCGAGAAAAUGAGAAUAUCUACUCGGAUAUGCGAACAAGCUCCCCGCCUCCCCCUAAAGAAGACUCACCCAAAGCGGUUGAAGCACUGGCCCCUACUGAUGACCAAGCUGGAGAGACAACACCGCGUCAUGCUACGUCCUACGAUAACCUGGUCACCUCCACACCAACUCCUAGGCGAGGCCAGCCCGUACAUGUGGACGAUACUGAUCCCCCAUCCUCCCCUCCCGUACCACGACCAUACCCGCUCCUUACAGAAAUCAAAUCUCGUUCUAGGACCAGCAACUCGCUGGAUAGCUGGGAGUUUUCGUCACCUCCAGGCUCGCCGCUUCCUAGUGAUCAAGAGGCAGUGUCGGUGGUUCAAUUACCAGGAGAGAAACCAGCCGAUAAGGCCAACAAUAAGACAGCAACAAAAGCUGAGGGCUUUGGUACUGGCUCGAGGGACGUUAUUCCUUCCAGUUUUAGAGAAGAAGAAGAGUCAUCAUCGGAUCUCACGGAUCUAUCAGAUAGGGAUAUCUCCCCCUCGCCAGAACCACUGCGGUAUCCCGAAACCCCGACCAAGAAACGGUUAUUACGUGAUGCUGCUGUAGAGGAAAGUCCAAGGUCGGGAGAUGAUGAGUUUGUCGAUGCUAGGAGCAGCCCUGAAAAGCCCAUCCUUCCACCGGCUAACGACACGUCGUUUGCCCUCAGCGAGGGAGACGAGAGCCGAAUGAUGAAACUCGCGGAUGAACUCGAAUCUGGCGGCGGCGUCGGUCUACAAGGAAAACCCAAGGGUGGGGAUAGCUCCGAUGAGCGCUCCAGCGUGCAGUCUGAGGAACCCCAGCCGCCAUCACCUCCAAGGACUCGCAGGACAGCUAAGCGCGCCACUCCUGCGAAGUCUCUUGGCGACAGCGAGGGUGGUGGAAGCAAGAGAAAGAGGAAGCGAUCAGGGUCUCGACAAGGCGAUAGCCGUUCGAAGAAGCAGCGACCUGAUAUUGCAAAAGAACUCGAGCCGGUGGUGGAGAGCGAGAACGAACCUGUGUCCAUAGGUAUGGAGACUAGGGGAAGUGCUCGAAGGCAACGCCAGCAGCGCCAGCGAGAAGACAAGACGACAGGUCAGCAGAAACGAUCCAGCAAGCGAAACAAGAAGCGGCGGGGUGGAGAUACGGACGACGAGGUGGUGUCACAACUGGAGAAGGAAUCCGAUGCAGCGGCUGAGAGCCAGGAAGCAAACAGGGAUGCAGAAGAAGACGUAGUGCCUAGCACCGAGGAUGAGCCGCAUCAGCUACCAGGGAAUAUGGAUGUCGAUGCGGAAGUGGAAGUCGAUGCCGAUGCCGAUGCGAAUGCUACGGUGGUAGACGAAGGGGGAAGCGAGCCGUUACCUGCAGAGGAGGAAAAGAAGGCAAAGGCCCUGACGAUCAUGGAGACGUUGCAAAACAGUCUAGAGCAGCUACGCCAAAUCUCGCUGCCUCGAAGUGAGGUAUACAAGAUGGAGGACAUGUUGAUGGAUCUGAAGCGAGAGCUGUUUGAAGCAGAAAGGCGAGGACGGGACAGCACCUAG